AUGAGCAACACGGCAGACCCCUCGUUCCGAGAGGUGAAGGCGCGGCAGGGCGGCCCUACAACUCGGACUGCGGACUUGUUCCGCCUGGAUGGUCGCACCAUCAUCAUAACUGGCGGCGCCGGCUACCUGGGUAUCGAAGUUGCCCAGGCGGUACUGGAGGCUGGAGGCAACCCUGUGUGUCUUGAUAUUGUCACCAGUCCUCCCAGCGAACCUUGGAAUCAAUUGGAAAAGCUCGCCUCCAAGUCUGGCCAGCAGUUGUUAUACCAUCGCCUCGACGUGACCAACGAGAACAGCAUCACGACGGUAUUCAAAGAGCUCGUACCGACCCUCCACUAUCCCAUACGGGGCUUGGUAGCUUGUGCCGGCGUGUCCGACAACGACCCCGCGCACGAAUUCUCCAUCGAGCGCUUCCGCCGCCUCAUGGAGAUCAACGUCACCGGCACAUUUGCAGCGGCGCAAGCCGUGGCCCUGGAGAUGAGCAAGGCCGACGUGGACGGCAGCAUGGUCCUGGUCGCGAGCAUGAGCGGAACAAAUGUCAACAAGGGGGUCGACACCGCCGCGUACAACUCGUCCAAGUCGGCCAUCUUGCAACUCGCGCGGUCGCUGGCGGCCGAAUGGGGCUCGCGCAAGGGUAUGCCGCUCAUCAGGGUCAACAGCCUGUCGCCGGGGUACAUCAGGACCCCCGCCACCGCCGAGGCGCUGCUGAAGCCUGGCAUGGAGAACCAGUGGACGGGGGACAACAUGCUGUACCGCCUGAGCGCCGUGGACGAGUUCCGAGGACCGGUGCUUUUCCUCCUGGGAGAUGCGAGCAGCUUCAUGACGGCGGCGGACCUGCGGGUAGACGGCGGGCAUUGUGCAUGGUAG